CGCCUCUACCCUCUUCCAGCCAGCUUCAGGCGUCGAUAGAGAUUACUGGGCCCUGGCGUGGGGUGCGCGGGAAGCUGAGGCUUCGUGCGGUGGGUCAGGGUGGAGCUGCUUGUCCAGUCACCCGGUUAGAGUUGGUAAUUUUUUUUUUCGGGUGCUGCCGAUAAAACCCAAGGCCUCAAUCAUACAAAGCAAGCGUUAAACCUGAAAUAUACCCUUAUCCUUUUAAAAACAUUUUUAAAAACAGCAAUUAGGGGGUUUUGUGGGUGUGUUUUAUUAGGGAUCUCAAGUGUCUUAACUGGAUACUCUAGAAACAAACAAAAACUAGCCCAGAGAUUUUGUUGCCAGAGUGUCAAAUGUAUCGAGAUUUUAAGACCUGCGGUUGCCACUGACCUUCGUUUGUCUCAAGUCGUGGAUCAUUGUACGCUGGGUGAAAAUAGUACUGUUUUGCUUGAUGACUGCUGGGUACUUUGAAACUUGUCAGUUUGCCCUGGUAUUUUUCUUUUUAGGCUGGUUCUCUCUGGAGAUUGAGUCGUUUGAACCUGAUGAAUGCUGGUUGAGGAAAACACAUUAUAGAUUGUAAUUUUUUUUUGCCCUUUCUUCUAUGGACUUGGUGUAAAUAUGUUUUUUUCUGUUUGAACUUAGUUUUUAAAAAUCAUUACCAUAGAUUCAUAUCAAAUAUAAGAAACAGGGUAGUUAAACCAUGAGUUGUGGAAAGGAGUUUGUGGAAACACUGAAAAAAAUUGGUUAUCCUAAAGCUGAUAUUCUUAAUGGAGAAGAUUUUGACUGGCUGUUUGAUGAUGUGGACUUUGAGUCGUUUUUGAAAUGGUUUUGUGGGAAUGUGAAUGAACAGAAUGUAUUAUCUGAAAAAGAAUUGGAAGAUUUCAGUGUUCUUCAAAGGUCAGGCAAGCCCAUCCUAGAAGGAACAGCGUUGGAUGAAGUUCUUAGAACCUGUAAGACUUUUGAUUUGAAGACACCUACACUGGAUGACAAAGAGAUACAGAAGUUAGAGGAUGAGGUUCAAAUUCUGCAGAAAUUAAAUAACUUAAAAAUUCAGCGAUGGAAUAACUACCAGUUAAUGGCUUCUGAAACUAGCUACAAAUCUCUGACAUUAAAUGCUAAACAAGAGGAAGCAACUAAGAAGAUGAAACAAAGUCAAAGAUUCCUAAAUGCUGUGAUUACUAAGCUCAGUAAUGAACUUCAUGUUCUUAUUGAGGGAGUUAAUAAUUUGAUAAUAUUCUUCAGACAUUCUAAUUUAGGUCAAGGGACAAAUCCAGUAUUUUUAUCUCAGUUUUCCUUGGAAAAAUAUAUAAGACAAGAAGAGCAGAGCACAGGAGCCUUAACCUUAUAUACCAAAAAGCAAUUCUUUCAGGGUAUACAUGAAGUAGUUGAAAGUUCAAAUGAAGAAAAUUUUCAGCUCUUAGAUAUACAAACACCAUCUAUUUGUGAUAAUGAAGAAAUCCUUGGGGAGAGACGACUGGAGAUGGCUAGGCUGCAGACUGCAUACAUCUGUGCCCAACAACAGAUCAUAUACUUUAAAGCAAGUAAUUCAAGCAUGAAGUCAAGUGUAAAAUGGGCAGAAGAGAAUCUUCAUAGCCUAACCAUCGAGGCAGUUGGUGAAGAAAAUUUGGAUGCUAAAAUUUCUAGCUUGAACAGUGAGAUUCUAAAACUUGAAGAAGAAAUCACUCAUAUGAAAGACAAAAUUCUGUCUGCUGUGGUAAAAGAGAAUGCCCAGUUAUUGAACAUGCCAAUUGUAAAGGGAGAUUUUGAUCUGCAGAUUGCUAAACAAGAUUAUUAUACAGGAAAACAAGAGUUUGUUUUAAAUCAGUUGAUAAAACAGAAGGCAUCAUUUGAGCUUGUGCAGUUAUCAUAUGAAAUUGAAUUGAGAAGACAUUGGGAUACAUAUUGGCAACUUGAAAAUUUGGUUCAACAACUUAGUCAAGGAAAUGUGAUGCUCUGUCAGCGAUUAGAAACAUUAGCCGAUCCAUCGGCACCCGAGCAGUUAAACUCCAGGACACCCAUCAACACUAAAGAUUAUUCUACUCAUAGGCUUUAUCAACUUUUAGAAGGAGACAGUAAGAAAAAAGAAUUGUUUAUAACCCAUGAACACCUGGAGGAAGUGGCUGAGAAAUUGAAACAAGAUGUUUCUCUAAUACACAAUCAGUUGGCAGUAUCUACUCAAGAGCAGUUUUUCUUUCUGUCCAAACUGAAUAAUGAUGUGGACAUGCUUUGUGAUGCUUUGUAUCACGGAGGGAACCAGCUAUUGCUUUGUGAUCAGGAGUUAAUGGAGCAUUUUCAUCAAGUUGAAUCUAAGUUGAAUAAACUAAAUCAUCUUCUUACUGAUAUUCUUGCUGAUGUGAAGACAAAAAGAAAAAUUUUGGCAACUAAUAAAUUGCAUCAAGUGGAAAGAGAAUUAUAUGUAUAUUUUUUUAAAGAUGAAGACUAUCUAAAAGAUGUUGUUGAAAAUUUAGAAAACCAGUCAAAGACUAAGGCCCCUGGUCAUAAUAACUGAAUCUACUAUGCCUGCUGUGUUUUGAUUUAUAAGUAUUAAGAGGCUAUUUCUAAUAAACACUACUAAUAAGCACUAA